AUGAUUUGCAAACAUCAGGUGCGUGCUGUUUGUCCGAGCACCCGUAUUUUCGUGAGGUCGAUGUUUCUUGUACGCUUUCGAUAUUUUCUGCCGAUAUUCUGUGUAGCAGUUGUUAAAUGUUCGUUUUUCUGUCUAUGUUGCACUCGAGCAACUUCACAUGCACAUGCACAAUGCGUUUUGAAGGUACCUUCUGGCUGCAAUAUGUUGGUUGCGCUCAACUUUUUGCGACACUGCACAGCAAAACCUUACCUAGCAUUCAUUAAAACGCUCUUUGUUAACUUCUCACCCCUGUUAACACCAGUUGCGGUUAUGAGCCGUUUCACCACCUGCCACAAGGAGUGGGUUUAA